AUGUUCGGUAUAAAAGGGUGGUUCUCUAGAGGACUACCAUCAGUUGCACCUGAGACUUCGACAAUGCAGACUAUUAUCAUCAUCAGCGCUAUCCUGGCUUGCGGAGCUGCUGCUCCAGCCUACCUCCUAGCUGAAGAGGCUCAUGUAGUCCACACCUUGCCAAGCAAGUCUACUUUCACCCAGAGCAGCCAGGUCGUCAACCAUGGAAGCACCCACGUCUUGCACCCAGUUGAGACCAUCCACACUAUCCCUGUCGUCCAUGCUAAAACCACCAUCACGAAGUCCAACCAAGUUGUCAGCCACGGCGGCGCUUACGUCCAUCCAGUGCACUCCAUCAGUGUCAUGCCUGUCCAUGAAGUCUACCAUGUGCCGAAAACUACUGUCACCAAGAGCAACCAGGUUGUGAACCAUGGUGGUACUGCUGUGUUCCAUGCUCCCGUGAUUCAUACUCCCGUGGUCCAUGCUCCUGUGGUCUCCGUGUCUCAUCCCGUGGUCUACCACUCCUCACCACUGGUGACCCUCAAGACUGGCGACUCCGCAGUUGCUUUCGCCGCCAUCUUGGCUUGCGCCGCCGCUGCCCCAGGAGUCCUGGUGGCUCAUGAGCCCGUGGUUGCUGUCCACACCCCAGUGGUUCACUCUGUUCCCGUAGUCGGUUCCAAGACCACCAUCACCAAGUCCAGCCAGGUGGUGAACCAUGGCUCCCCCGUGCACGCCGUCCACGCUGUCCACGCUGUGCACACUCCAGUGAUCGCUUCAUCCCCUGUGGUGAUUAAGACCGUGCACGCCGCUCCUGUGGUCCACGCCGCCCCUGUAGUCCACGCUGUCCAUGCCGCUCCCGUCGUCCACGCCGCCCCCGUGGUCCACGCUGUCCACGCUGCCCCCAUUGUCCACGCCGCCCCCGUGAUCGUGAAGACCGCUCCCUCCGCCGUGGCUCACUCCAGCUCCGUCGUCCACCACGGUCAUGUCGUCAAGGCUGUUCCCCUCAUCGCUGUCCACCAUUGA